UGAUGUAAGGGUGGUUCACAACAAGAAACUAACAAAAAAAUUAUUAGUAUUAUAUCACUUGAUAACAAGGGGUUUAAAUUGCAAAUGGUGAUCAAUGGACCAACCUUCAUAGCAUCUUAUCUUAUCUGUACUGAAUGCUGAUGAUACAAUCAAUCUGAGAGAGAGAGAAAAGGGAUGAGAGAGAGUAAGGGGAGGGCGGUGGUGGUGGGAGGGAGCAUAGCCGGAGUAAGCGCCGUCCACUCGCUGUUAUCGGCGGGAUGGGAAGUGGUGGUGCUGGAGAAAACCACCGCUCCUCCUACCGGAAGUCCCACCGGCGCCGGCCUAGGCCUUGAUCCUUUAUCUCAAUCAAUUAUCAAAUCAUGGCUUCCACACCAACAAUCAGAUCUUCUCCUCAACACUCACACCUUACCCCUCACAAUCGAUCAGAACCAAGCUACUGAUGCAGAGAAGAAGAUUAGCAGAGUGUUAGCCAGAGAUGAGAGCUUCAAUUUUAGGGCUGCGUAUUGGUCGGAUCUGCAUAAUCUUUUAUACAAUGCACUGCCUCCAGAUAUAUUCUACUGGGGUCAUGUAUACCAAUCCUUCAGUGUAUCAGACGACAAGAACACAGUUAAAGUUCAAAGUAAAGUCGUUCAAACAGGCAAUGUUGUUGAGUUUGAAGGCGAUUUAUUAGUUGCAGCAGAUGGUUGUUUGUCUUCGAUUCGCCAAGCUUUCCUCCCUGACCUUAAAUUAAGGUACUCAGGGUACUGUGCUUGGAGAGGGGUGUUGGAUCUUUCUAGUGAUGAAAAAUCAGAUAUUUUUGCCGGCCUGCAAAAUGUUUAUCAAGAUCUCGGCAAGUGCCUGUACUUUGAUUUAGGUUCUGGAACGCACUCCGUUUUUUAUGAGCUUUUGAACAAGAAGAUCAACUGGAUAUGGUACGUCAAUCAACCUGAGCCACAACUUAAGGGGAAUUCCGUAACUAUGAAAGUAAGCAACGAUAUGAUCAAGAAAAUGCAGGAGGAAGCAGAGAAAACAUGGGUUCCUGAACUCGUAAGAGUCAUAAAAGAAACCAAAGAACCGUUUUUGAAUGUCAUAUACGAUUGUGACCCUCUGCAACAGAUUGUUUGGGACCGUGUGGUGCUUAUUGGAGACGCGGCUCACCCAACAACGCCACAUGGUGUGAGGAGCACAAACAUGUCGAUCUUGGAUGCAGCGGUUCUUGGUCAAUGUCUCAUGAAAUCUGGGGUCGAGAAAUUAGGCGUGUGUUUAGAAGAAUAUCAGUCCAUUCGGAUGCCUCUUACCUCGAAGCAAGUUUUGCAUUCGAGAAAGAUGGGUCGGAUGAAACAGGGGCUGGUUUUGGCGGAUGGGAAAGUUUUUGAUCCCAAAACCGCUACUCCACAAGAAUACAAAGAUCUUCAACAGAAAUAUAUGCCGGGAUUCAGUGACCUGCCUUAUAGGGUUUAAGGGCAAAGUAAAUAUUACUCCAAGUUGUAUGAAUAUAUUGUAUCAUUAAUAAACUAGUUCAUAACGUCUUUGCGUGUUUAUAUAGUGAUAACGAUCAUAGUUAUUAAUAGCGAGCAUAGCGCUUACUGUAGCGUUUAGCGUGGCGAUACGAUUGCAGGCCGCAAUCUGAUUUUGGUGCCCUCAUAGCGUGGGAAAUAGCGGGAUUCUAGUUAUUUUGCUAUCGGCAUUUUAUAGUUGACAUUGAAAACAUAAAGCCGUCUUAUAUUUGA